AUGUCGUUCGGUCCAACAGUAAAAAGCGUCAAGACACCUGAGCUUUGGUCACUCCCACGGAUCGGAUUCGUUGUAUAUCGUGCAGCCGUAUUCGUGACUGCUGUGUUCUACUUGAAGAUCUCAAUGGAUUCAUUUAUCACAGCACUCAUUGUAUUAACUGGUGUCGUUUCUCACGACUUGCCAAUCGAGACUCACGAAUCGCAUCUCAUCGUCAAUUACAUUGGCACAGCAACGGUUCAAACUAGCCCUUUGGUGCAAGAAGUUCUUGAAGGAUCUACCGCACCACGAAACGACACUUUGUAUCUUGAAACAGCAACCGCACAUUCAUUUAGAAGCUGUUCGGAUGUACCAAAUUUUGAUGCGCACAUCUACAGCAAUGACUUCUUACGUUUUGUCUUUUCGAGAAUGCAAAUGUACGCCUCAUAUAAUUUGACAUAUAUGAAAGACUUGGAACUGGUGGUCCCGGUAGUAGACUGCACUUUUGAUAUGCUGACAUGGGGUGAUAAGACUUCCGCACGUGUGUAUUACCUCGCACGGCAAAAGAGCGGUUCACUUAAAACGGUCAUUUUGUCGACUAUGCUCUCGGUUCAAGACUAUGAGGUUCAACAGCAAUUUCAGCGAGGACCUGGAAUGGUGCUUCUAGUGACAGCGAUUGAUGAUAUGCGUAGCUCUGCACUUAAGCAUAACAUCGCUGUAGCGCUGAACUACCCGUACGUUGCUGAACCAAAAUUUGUCUACUCAGAAUUGCAAGGUUUGGAUGAAGAUAAUUACUGGAUCCUCAAAGCGUUGCCAAACACCCGUACAAAGGACCCUGGUCAAGUCAUACGAAUGGCUCGCCGUUUUGGUCGCUUCAGAGGCGACGUGACGUCGCAGUCAAAUAUUGAAGUAGCACAUUGGGAUUUAUCGAAUGACCCAAGAGUAGAGCUACGUGAAUGGAGGUGGUACAGCAGAGCUGUGCUUCACGAUUCAUGGGCCUGGGCUCAUGCUAUUCACGGAAUUUUCGCCAUCGAUGUGAUUGUUAAUCUGAGCUUGCUUACAUUUAUAAUCUAUCGACGUUUUCGUAUGGGAUACAUUUGGUUGGGAGAUGCAUUUUCCACUAUUUCAAGCACGCUUCUAUAUCGAGGGCUACUUGUUCUCGUGUUUUCUCAACUAAAUGGGUAUUGGACAGUCACAAAGAUGAUUAUCUCAAUCGGGGAUACUCUCACGGAUCAACACGUCGUUUAUUACAAACCGGAACUUGUUCAUGCUGAUUUCUUGGCCAUGUAUUUGAAUUUAGUGAGUUUUAUAAGCUACUUAGCUCGCGAGCGUAUAGAUCCACUUUUAGCGUUUGCAACUUUCGAGCUGGGAUGGGGAUAUCGUGUUGAGCUUAUUGAUAUGUUCCCAGUAUUUAGAACAACUGUUACAGACUUUGCGUUUGCUGAUACGACGCGAGGUCUUUUGCAUGUGCGACCUGGUUUAGCAGCUUUGUCACCUAUGGAAUUGCUUACAUCGUACAGUAUUCCUGAGAAUCGAUUCUACGUCGUCUGUUCUAUUAUAUUCUCCAUAUUUAGCCCCAUUGUAUUGGUCAUUGGUUAUAUAGUAGUGAGAAAAAUCGCUCGGCGCGAGGAUCUCGGUGAAGGGCGUCGAUCAAGUGUAUACAGAACCGACAAUAUGAAUCAAACUGAUCUCACAACUUUUGAGGCUGCUACUGGUGCAGCUUUGGGAAACCGAUAUGGAAUUGUAUCAAGUUAUAAGAAUUAUGUCAUGGAGAACGAGACAAUCUUAGCGACUAUUGAUGCAGUAUAUGGCAGUGGGUUUCUCGUUGCUAAUAACAAAUUUGUUGUUGCGACUCAAGAUUUGAUUCCAUUGUUUUUAAUGAAGGCAACCCAUGUGCGCUUUACCAAUAUAUUUGUGUACGAAAUUGUUGACGGAAGGGCUGUGAAGAAAAGUUCACAACUUGUCUACCCAGAAAGCAUCAAGUGGAAUGAUCUUUUUCAUCUCGACGUAAUUGUGCUCUCCUAA